AUGGCGAAUAAUGGCAGAACGCGCAACAAUUCCGAACAAACAGAAGGGUUGAGAAUACAGUUGCGCUCCAUCAACGAAACUGCGUCCAGCAAAGGUGCAAGUCCUCAGUCCUCAGUAAACGCGUCAAGUCAGCCUUCGACUAUCUUUGCUAGCCCCACGCCCUCUCCACAUCCAGCAGCCGCGAGCACCUCAUCAAACGCUUACCAGUCUGCCAUUCAUCCAUACUACGCAUCCCCGGAGGUGACACCUUCGACAUCCUCGACAUCCUCCCGAGGCUUAUACUCACGCGGACGCGCACACAGAGAAAACUACCUUCGGCGUGGACAGUCAAGAACCGGCAGACAUUCGCUUUUGGUUCCUACAUCACAUACUACUACACCCCAAACACAAGAGGGCGAAGGCUCAGACUCAGGCGACAUAUACGAGCGAGGCCCCGCGGCUACUUUGCAACACGACUGGUUGGGCGAGGGCGAUUUAGACACGUUUGAAGAAGACUUUCACCAUCCUGCAAGUGAGUACGGCGAUCACCCGGCGCGCAUUCGCCUUGCAGACUACGACUGGGACGAAGUACCAAACACACCACUCGGCCGGCAAUUUCAUGCAUCAACUCCUCACAGGAGACUUCUAGACGACCCGAGCCAUCCCGCCUACCAAGCAUUACGCCGCGCCAUGCCCAUCCCUCCGAAGCGCUCGCGAGACAACUAUGAGGGUACAGACGAAAGGGAUAUCACACGCUCUUUGCAAUACAAGGGUGCUACUGCCGCUAUGCUAUACAACAGUGUCAGCCCAAAUCCUCUAGCGAACGACAUUUGGCCCGAAUGCCGCAGUUCGACAAAACUACCUGCCAAAUACUUCUUACUGGACGAGGGCAAACAACCUGCACCUGACCCAGAUCUAAAACAAUGGCCAUCCAAGAAGAAUGGCAAAAAGGCGGCAAAGGCUAAACAGGACGUUCUUCCCCAUAUCCCAGUUGGUCGCCCCGAGUGGAAGCUGCCUGUUGAAUUAGUAGAGCUUAUUGCGGACCACCUUAAUCGUGAUGACAUAAAAGCACUACGCCUUGUAAGCCGCGAGCUGAACCAACAUGUCUCGCAGGUCAUCUUCCAGACAGUCGUCGUUCCUUUCAAUACCGAGAUUUACGGCAUGCUGGGACAAGAGCCAAAGCCGGAUUGCAAGGGCAAGAAGAGGGUAAGAAGCGAGCAGCCCAGCUACUCGUGGAAGAACGCAAACGGAGACGAAGUGUACAACGGUCAUGGCCUUGACGUCUUCCGCGGCUUCGGUGGACACAUUAGGAAGUUUGGCAUGAGUUUCGAAGUCAAUGAAGACUCACUCUCCAUGCCGCCCAUCAAAUCGCUUACAGAGAAAAAGACAAGCUUUUGGGGCAACUACGAUUGGCCGUACGAAGAGUAUCGCCGCUUUGAUGCUGUCGCUGGUCUUGAAACUGCCGCUGACGAGACACCGCGGAUGAAGACAGCGUUCUCCGAGCUUACCAAAGUCAAAGAGUUGGCACUGUCCAUUGAUAGUGGUCUUGGGUGGCUGAAUGGACCUGACAGAUCAAUACGGGCACGUGUGUUGCAUAGACCUCCCCGGGUCUUUGGCACAACCAAAGCGAUUCCAGACCGCAGAGCGCAAGCUCAGCAGGAGCUUUGGAACCAUAUUGAAACAUGUCAUCGGAACGCUGGUAGCGAAGUCAAGCUGGCCACGUUGUACAGAAUUGACGGACAACCGUCUAUUUCCGAGCUGGAGGGAGCCAAUAAGCUAGCAGACGUGCAACCGCAAAUGCCCUACCUGGAUCCUCAGCUUUUACACGCAGCAAUCCCUUAUGAUGCUGCCAACAUCCCUGUUCCUUCCAGCUUCGAUGAUCCAUAUGUUCUGGACCAGUUUGUGUUAACACCGUCACCUUCAGCCACAGGUAUUCUAUUCUCAUCGACCAAACUGCCGUCGGAAGGUGCGCAGCUUGUAAACCCUGUCAUACCCGUCAGUCUUACCAAAGCACAAAAGGAAUGGUUGCUAGAAACUGAAUGGGCCCAGCGAGCUUUCAUGUCUUCGUACUUGCUUUCUAUCAUCGAUAACCCGACCACAUUUCUGCCAGUACAUUCCCUCAACAUUUCAGGACUCUCUGAUCGUUAUCUGCCGAUGCUAAACCGCUCGGACUUCUGGAACGCACUGCCCAACCUCCACAACGUCACUAUAAUGCUGAUACCAGGCUGGCGAACAGUGCAGAAAGACGAGGCUGGCUUCGUUGACACGCCAAAGAUCAACCCCACGCAAAGCAUUAGUAUACUUUUUGAACUGCUUCGUGAUCACAUCGCUUGUCGGUCGAAUAUUCGUCAUUUGAAAGUCGGUUUUGUCACCGGAGGUGAGCAUGCCGAGGGACUCUAUGCGAGAAACAAGCUGUUAUUUCCUGCUCCUAUUAUGGAUCUGCGAGUUCGUGCACACCCUUCUUCUUCUUCUUUCAAUCCCACAGGGCUAGUUUCCACUGAGGCCGCUCACCUGAAGGAAUGUCUGCUCCAAUUCCCUCAUAUUGAGUCGCUAGUCCUGAACAACUGUUGGAUUACACCAUUAGCUUUGCUGCAAUUCGUCAAAUUGCAUGAUCAGCACAAACUGCGAAAUUUGGUACUUGAUUCCAUAUCACUUACGGCUAUAUUGCGUCCACCCAACGCCAACCAACAUCAAGUAGCUCAGCAGGCGGUACCACUCCAGAACAUAAUACCGCCACUUGGGGUGGGCGCACUAUUAGGUGCUGUUGGUACUCAUGGUCCACAACUCAUGCCAAACCAACCGCAGUUCCUACAAGCUUAUUUCCAGAUGCUUCAAAUGCAACUUCAGCAUCUACAGGCCAAUGCUGGAGGUAUCCAACACAACAACAUAGCUGCCUUACAGAAUCAACUGCAGCAGCAGAUUGGACAAAUUCAAACUGAUCAAGGACAACAGCAUCACCACCAAGCUCAAGGGCAAGCUCAGGGUCAAGGCCAGGCUCAGGAUCUGGCACAACCACAAACACAACAACCCCAACAGGCUCAGACGUUUGCUCAGCACCUUGCCAACGUCGCCCAACUGGCCACGCAGAUCCAUCAGUUGCAAACUCAGAUUGCUACAGGCCAAGCUCAGCCUCCACCUGUUGUCGCGCCAGCAGCUGGACAAGCUCCAGGGAGUCCCCAAUCGGUGCUCAAGGCACAACCCCGCGACGGCUCCUGGGUGGACGUUAUAGACCAGAUCUCACCUGGCACCAACCUGUCCGACUUUGACUCCAAUUAUUCCAAGGCUGACAGCAAUCGUCUCACUUCACUACGAACAAUCAACUUCAUCUCUUGCGGCUAUGCAAAGCUCAAUCAUACGUCGUUCGAUCAAUCCGACAUUGAUCCUCGUGGACUCGCUGCAAUUCUGCGCAAUCCCAUGUUCAAUAAGCGAGCAAUUGCUCUCUCGCCUGCUAUGCUGAGUACCAAGUGGACUCACUUGGGCGAGAUUGUGCAGGAGAUUGAUCCUUCGGAGCUUGCUGCGCUCGACGCUGGCUGGAAUUUGCGGACUGGUUGGGAAGACGCUGAAGCAGCGCGGGCCGUUGAGUUUGAUGGUCUGCUCACUGGUGGUACAGGACGCUUUACAGGUAUCAUACGGCAGUCGGAUAGGGUGGUUGAUGCGGCUUCUGCGAAUCUCUGCGAGCUUUCCCCAUGGUUUCAGAGGAUCAGACUGUGA